CAUGAACGAAUGGGCUUUAUUUCGCUUAUUUUGCUUCGACUCCCAUUUCGGAUCCUUCGAAAUUCAGAACCAUCGUGGAAGCGAAUGGACCUGCACAGUUUCGAACGAUUAAAUUUAUUUUGGUUGGGUGAGGAUGAGUUCAAAUCGCAAGUUCACAGGGUGUGUCCAGGACUAUUUGGAUUGGUUUAAGAACCCAGAUCCACCUGAACCUAUUGUCAUCCCAGAUUGUCAAAGUCAUGAUGAUGGAGCAUUAGCCAAGGAGUAUGAACAUUCUCACCAACUUCCUGUCCCUUCAUACUUAAAGCACAACCAGGGAACGGAUUAUGCCAAAAAGUAUCAAGAUGACCUUUUACAAGAAUAUGAGAGACGUGUGGAACAUGAAGGAAAGCUCUGUGAGGAAAGAAGAUUUAGAAUGACAGACAUAGAGGAAGACACAUUGACAGCAACCAUGUUAACUGCUGAUGAUGAGGAUACACAGAAGACUCAAGUGUACUUGCAGUAUGAUUUCUCCAAAAGAAAUUAUCAGUCGGCUCUUCCAGUUUUCAAUGCACGCAAAGAGGUUCUGGCAAAAAUUGAAGAACAUCAAGUUGUGAUAAUAGGUGGAGAAACAGGCAGUGGCAAAUCAACUCAAGUUCCUCAGUUUAUCUUAGAUGAUGCUGUUGAAAAACAUCAUCACUGUAACAUAAUAGUCACACAACCUCGAAAAAUUGCAGCAACAUCUCUGGCUCGUCGGGUUUGCAGAGAAAGAGGGUGGCAGCUGGGAAAGAUUGUUGGAUACCAGGUUGGUUUGGACAAUUGCACAGAUCCAGACACCAGGCUUUCCUAUGUUACCACAGAAGUUUUGGUACAAAAGUUGAUACAUAGGGGAAGUCUUGAUGCAUUUACUCAUAUUGUAUUAGAUGAGGUGCACGAAAGGGAUCAGCAUACCGACUUUGCAUUACUCAUUGUCAAAAAGUUGCUGUAUACUGUCUCCAGAAAUGUGAAAGUGAUUCUGAUGUCAGCAACCAUUGACACUUCCAAAUUUGCCAGUUAUUUUUCAACUCCUGUAAUGGGAAACCUUGUCCCAGCACCAGUUGUGUCUGUGGGGGACAAUACUUUGUUCAAAAUUCAAUUUUACUAUUUAGAAUCUCUUAGUGUUAUUUGCAGAAGCAAGCCCUCAGUGCUGCCAGAAUUACCAUCUAUACUACCUGCAGAUCCAGGUAUUUCUGAAAAUAUGUUCAAAUUAGCUUGUGAAAUAGUAAAGUGUUUUGACCAUGUUGAAAGGCAAGAAGAGGGAAUCCGAUCUACUGCUGAAUUUGUAAAGAGAAGGGGAGCUGUUUUGAUCUUCUUACCUGGCUUAGCAGAGAUUGAGAAGUUAAUCAACUUACUCAGUAAUGACUCUACUGCUAACCAGUGGAUGUUGUAUCCUCUCCAUUCUUCUAUCACACAAGAGGAGCAACAGAGGGUUUUUUCAGUGCCUCCUGUAGGAUUCAGGAAAGUUAUAGUUUCAACCAACAUUGCAGAAAGUUCCAUUACUGUACCUGAUAUAAAGUAUGUGAUUGACUUCUGCUUAACCAAACAACUAACUUGUGACCAAGUGACGAAUUACACAUCUCUCAAACUGGCUUGGGCUUCACAAGCAUCCUGUAAGCAGCGGGCUGGUAGAGCAGGGAGGGUGUCUACUGGAAGAGUCUAUCGUCUUGUACCAGCAGAUUUUUUUUUGACACUGCCUACAUAUGCCACACCAGAGCUAUGCCGAACUCCUCUCUCUCAAAUAGUCCUCAAGACCAAAAUUCUAAACAUGGGGGAGCCACAUGCUCUCUUGUCUCUUGCUCUCGACCCACCAAAUUUAUCAGAUAUACAUAGAACAAUUCUUACUCUUAAACAGAUGGGUGCACUUGCUGUGAAGUCUAAAGGUGUCAUAUCCGGUUUGGAUGGAGACUUAACAUACUUGGGAAGGGUUGCUGCACAACUUCCUGUUGAUCCACACCUUGCCAAGUUCAUAGUCAUGGGAUAUUUGUUUGGUGUUCUAAAGGAGAGCAUCAUUAUUGCUGCUGGACUCUCCUUGAAAAGCUUCCAUGCUCGCCCCUUCCAAGAUGAGCUGAAUGCCUUUCUCUCCAAGGUUUCCUGGGCAUAUGGAUCUUUCUCAGACUGCUUAGCCAUAUUGAACACUUACAAUCUUUGGCAAAACAUGCAAAUCAGAGGAGAGUUCCUGAGACCUGGAGGGAGGAAGGAGAGAGAAUGGGCAAAACACAGUUAUGUACAGCUUGAGGCCCUAAAGGAAGUGGAUAAGCUGGUAAAGGAACUAACUCUGCGUCUAGAGGGCCAAAAAAUCACUGUACGGAAUCGACAGAAUCCUCCAAGGAGUCGUCAGGCGUUCAUUCUCAAGAUGUGCAUGGCAAGUGCUUUUUUCCCGUUUUACUACAAGCGCAACAUCUCUGAGAAUUACGAGAAGGAAAUGUGUCGUGAACUCAAUGGGCAUGACCCCUUCAGCACAGUGAUUGUGAGUGGCCUCCCUGCACGGUCAAAUGUUCUUUAUGACAGUCAGCUGAAAGAACUGUUCAAAGAAUGCUCACAAAACCUUGAAAUUCAGUAUGAAGGAAGCAAAGCCUAUGUUCAAUUUCCUCGAAUGAGUCUUUCAUCAACCAAGAAGGAGCACUUUCAAGAUGUCCCAGGAGAGUGUCCCACCUCCAUGCACCUUGCCCUGAAAAUGCGGCAAGUUCCAAGAAUUCAAAAGAACCUUGUGCUGAAUCUGUAUAGCCAAGAAGAGAUUCAUAAGAAAAUGUCAGAAGUGUUCGGAAGCACUACAAGCAUGUCAGGAAUAAAUUUGUUCAAAGGAUCCACACAGAGUCUUCUUGGGAACGCAAGACUCAGAAUGGCAGACUCACAGAUGCAGAUGUUGAGACCGCCCACCAUGCCUAAGCCUUCAGAUCGGACUUGGAGAAUCCAUGUCACACAUGUAGUCACUGCUGGACAUUUCUGGAUAGUGUCUGAGGAAACCAGUGCUUUAAAGAAUCUCAACCACAUACAUUCAGCCAUUCAGACAGCUGUAGAGCAGAACCAAGCAGUCUCUAUCCCUGAAAGUGAAGUCAAACCAGGGAUGGUAUGCCUUGCCAAGUUCACGGACUCUGAUGGAUUGUCAUGCUAUUAUAGAGCACGUGUGGAUGAAGUGUAUACUGGGGAAGACAACGGGCUCAGAGCUCAGGUAUUUUUUGUUGAUUUUGGGAACACUGAUGUUGUAAAGGCUGUGGAACUGAGAAGAGUGCCAGGAAAUUUGAUGUUGACUGAGAUGCUAGCAGUUGAAUGUAAAUUGGCUCAGGUUAAACCGGCAUCUGAUAACAAAUGGCUAGAUGAAGCUACAGAAUGGUUUAGAAACCACAUAUUGAAUAAGGACUUUAUUGCCCAGAUCUACAGUGUUGUGCAUAAGAUCAUGAGAGUAAAGUUAAUAGAAGUGGAGAGUGGAGAUUUCCUGUCCAUCAACCGAAAACUUAUUGAUCUUCAGUAUGCUGUCAAAGCUGAGGAGUAUUAUCUUUCAAAGCAAAAUCAUGAAUUGAGAUCCCUCUGUAAUAAGGAAGCUGAAAACACAGCCCUAGAUGACAUGGGACAUCUUUCCCAGGCCCUUUCUGUUUCGUCCCUGGAACUAAAAUUUGGUCCAGCAGCUUAUGCAGGGAAGGCAAAGUUACAAGGUCCAGAAUCUCCACUGCUGCUACACUUUGUGGCAUUGUCUCGCAUGGGGUGCACAAAGGGAGUGAAGAUUGAACCUUCAUCAGUCAACUCAACUGCAUUAGACCUUGAGCCACAAAACCCCCAUGAUAGGAUGAUAAUUGCUGCCUUUGUGACUUUGAACCCCACCGAGACUGUAACAACUUUGCAUCACACAACAAUAAUGCCUUCUAUACCUGGAAUUCUAUCACUCUGCCUUCUGUUGUUUGGCCCAGUAGCAGAGCUAAGAGUAAACAGAGAAGGGACGCUGUACACAGGGGCCCUGAUUGGCCUUGGUCAUGAUCCUGAUGGAAAUGCAGUAUACCCUGCUGAUGAUAUUGAAGCUUCCUUUGAUAUUCACUUGACUCAAGAGGAUUUGGUGUUGAUAAAUAGAGUACGAUUCCUUAUGAAUAUAGUACUAGAAGAAGGAGAAGAUGUUGCAGAUAAAGUUCUUAUCAAAACCCAGAACAGACUGAGGGAAUUGCUUCUUCAGCUGGUAGAUGUCAACAGAGGCUAUCGUGAACCAGAAAGCUACCACUAUCCAUAUCAGUGGCAGAUGGUACCAAAGGAGGAGAUCUUACACCCUCAAAUAGACGUAGCUCUGGAUGAGAGCAUGGGUGCAGUCUUUCCCCUUCACUGCGGCAUUUUCUUACAGCCAAGUGAAAAUUGUUAUGAAAUCUCAUAACUCUCCCUUUGUGUAAGGUGGCAGAACUGAUUUCUUACAGCACCAAGUUCUAAGAUACAAUGAUUUGUGUACAUGAUGUUAAUCAACCCUUUCCUUUUUUGUCCUAAGAAUCUGUAAAAUGAUUUAUUCUUACAUCAGAAUUUUUAUGAAAGGCAAGAUGGUACUAUAGUGAAAGUAUGCAUUUGCUUAGCUUUGAUAGAGGAGUGUACGGAGUGAAAAAAUCUUAAACUUUCUUUUUGUUUGAUAGUGUAAUUGUAGAUCUUGAAAUAAAAUACCAGCUCAUGAGCUGAUCUAAGCUAGUAUGAUUGGAAUGAGGAAAAUAUAUGUUUUCAAGAUUAUAUACAUAUAUUAUUUGAAGAUAACUUAUUGAUUUAAAUAAUUGAAGUAUGUGAACAAUUUCAAAAUCUCUUCUUCUUUAACCUUAAUGGUUAAAUGCGCAAUUAUUAGGUAUAUUAUUUGAGAAGAUAUAUUAGUUGCUUUGUUACAUGAAAAAUGACAAUAACAAAAGUAUAAGUGAAAAGUUCAAUACGAUGCUUUUGUAAAUUGUAUACCUUUUAUUUUGUAAAACCCAAGUGGUAACUAGUAUUGAAUUUACCUUCU